UUUCACGAUUGGAUUCACGAAGAUUGUGAAUCAGUAGAUGUAACAGGGAAGACAGGAAUUAUUCCGCGACAAGGAACAGAACAGAUCCGAUGUGAAAAACACGCUAAGGAAGGUCGAUUACUAUUGUGAGGAUCAUCAGAUACUUGGCUGUAGUAGAUGUAUCACCAUAGAUCACAGACGAUGUGACGUAGUGACAACGACACAGGAAUACUGUGACAAACUAAAGAUGGAGUCACGACUGGAGGAUCGAAAGGAAUUACUACAAAAGACAAUGGAGGGUAUCAAGUUACUCGUCAAAACAUUUGGCGAGAAACUUCAAAUCCUCCUAGAAGAUCAAAAUUCUGGAUUUGACAGUUUAACAGAUCUUCGAAAACAGGUCGACCUACGUCUUGACGCCAUGCAGAAGGACCUCACAGACAAACUUGUAUCGUCUUACAAGCAAGAAAAGGAAAAUCUUGACUUGUCUAUUCAGAAAUGUGAACGUCUGAUGUCAUCCAUUGAGAACACAGUAGAAAGCUCCGAGACAGCUGUUCAGAGGAAUGAUAGCGUAAACACAAUCUUGAUGUACCAGAGAGGCCAGGCGGAGAUGGAGUCCUACCAGAACCUGAUAACGGAAAUAAGGAAGUCUUUUGCUUCUGUCAGAAUAAAACAUGUCGUCGAUCCCAGUCUGGUCAGGUUGGAUAAGGAUAGCCCACUGUCGUUAGGAAACGUCAUUAUAGAGAAAAAACCAGAACAGCUCCCAAAAGGAAUAAGUACCAUGUGGCCUUUGUGCGAAUGUGACGUGAAGGAGGUAGGCAAGUUCAGCAUCAAGUGUCCAUCAGAUGGAGGCGAUUGUCGUGCAACUGGUAUUGUUUACUUACCUGAUGAUCAUAUCGUUGUAGGAGAUUACAACAACAACAAAAUAAAGUUGUUUACAGCUUCAGGGAAAUGUUUGGAUGAGAUGAAGGUUACAGGACACCCGAUUGAUAUGUGUUGUGUAGAUGAUGACACUAUAGCGGCCGCUAUCUUCAAAUCUGGUAUACACGUCAUCAGAGUGAAUCAUGCAAAACUAACAUUGUCUUCCAUAAUAAAACUUUCUAACGGAGCACACCCCUUUGGUAUCACUUACUCAAAUGAGGCGUUUACUGUGAGUACUCCGACCGAUGUGUAUAGAGUCGGUAAGGAUGGGGUAUCGACCAAAAUUGCUUCCUAUUCAAAUCACAUCAAUCAUCUUGCGUGCGACCCAAGGACAGGACACAUAUAUGGAAGUCAACGGACAUCCGAGGAUGGUAAUGUAGCUGUAUACAGACUGUCAGACAGUAAACUUACAAGCAUAUCAAAAGUUGGUUUGCUGAAGUACGUGUUUGGUGUAGACGUCGACGGUGACGGCAAUGUGUACGUGUGUGGGUGGGAGUCCGAUAACGUGGUACAGAUGUCAGGUGACGGGACAAACGUCAGAGAGCUGCUGACGUCAUUAAACGGUGUAGACAAACCGAGGGCGAUAUCUGUGUGUGGGAACAAAUUCGUGGUUACAAACCAAUCAUCACAAAAUCGUAAUGACGUGCGCGUGUUUGAACUUUACUGAUCAGUAACUAUGACAGUUGGUAACAGUAACAGUAUUCUGAUAUGGGUGGACGUGAGAUGUAUUCGGGCCCUGGAAGCUUUUUCUUAACAAAUUAACAACAAACUCUAGCAUUCAUGAUGUAUAACUAGAGUGGAUGUAGGCCCAGGACUCACUGGUUAAUCCUGCUGAUUAUUGAAUACAAAUACAAUCAAUCCAGAUAACAGUUUGUGUAGAAAUAACAUUGUGUGAAUGUAAGGAAGUUCGGUUUUAUACAAUGAUGUAAACUUUCAUGUCCAAAGGUCAAAUGAGCGUAUAUCGUGGCGCGGCGACCGUCGUCCGUCGUCCGUCA